AUGAAGCCUAAAUGGUGGGCAUCAGGGGAGGCCUCCCAGCGCAGCGACGACGGCUCCGAGGGCGUGGAGCUGACUGGAUCCACGGGUGAGGCAGCAGUGCAGGCCAAGGCUGCGGGAACCCCAGGCUCCAAGCAGAACCUCCUGCUGACGUCAGACGGCAAGGAGACUCCCAUGAUGGCCCACGCGAUGCCCGAGUCUGAGCGCGCCUCUCCAGUGCAGCAAUCUGCAGCCCUUCAGAUGCCCCUCCGAGAGGCGCAAGGUCCCUUUGAGAUUGGAGAAGAUGGCACACUUCAGCCAGGCUGCCCUGUCUUCUACUAUCAGCCAUUCAGCACAACCGACCUGAGCUGGAAGCAGCACACCUCGUCCUAUUCGGAGAAACCUCAGGCACGAGAAAACCAGCAUAUGGUCAACAUGGCAUUUGUGGCCCAGUCCUUCACUGACAUCUGCUGCAAGCUUCAAAAAUUAGAGGGCUUUGCUGGAAUGAAUGCCACCCAGCUGCUGGAGGUCGAAAAAAAGGUGUUUGUAAACUACGACCAGGAGGCCCAAAAGGUAGCUGACAAACAGAUGAGACAGAAGGCGUCCCUGCUGGCAGCUGCAUUAGGGAACCUGGGCCUGGGGGAUUCGGCGGACGCGCGGGUGAGCGGAGCCGUGCAGCUCAGGGCCCCUUCCCCCCUCCCCAGUGAGGAACUGGAUGAGCUUCACUACCAGGACACGGAUUCGGACGUGCCAGAGCAGAGGGACAGCAAGUGCAAGGUCAAAUGGACCCACGAGGAGGAUGAGCAGCUGAGGACCCUGGUGAGGCAGUUCGGACAGCAAAACUGGAAGUUUCUGGCCAGCCACUUUCCUAACCGCACUGACCAGCAAUGCCAGUACCGGUGGCUGAGGGUCUUGAAUCCGGAUCUCGUCAAGGGGCCAUGGACCAAGGAGGAAGACCAGAAGGUCAUUGAGCUGGUUAAGAAGUAUGGCACGAAGCAGUGGACGCUGAUUGCCAAGCACCUGAAGGGCCGGCUGGGGAAGCAAUGCCGUGAGCGCUGGCACAACCACCUCAAUCCCGAGGUGAAGAAGUCCUGCUGGACCGAGGAGGAGGAUCGUAUCAUCUGGGAGGCCCACAAGGUGCUGGGCAACCGCUGGGCCGAGAUUGCCAAGAUGCUGCCGGGGAGGACGGACAAUGCUGUGAAGAAUCACUGGAACUCUACCAUCAAAAGGAAGGUGGACACAGGAGGCUUCCGGAGCGAGUCCAAAGACUGUAAGCCCCCCGUGUACUUGCUGCUGGAGCUUGAGGACAAGGACAGCCAUCAGAGUGCUUACCCCGCGGAAGGCCAGGGAAGUCUUGUGAGUAACUGGCCCCCGGCACUCCCUGCCAUGAAGGAAGAGGAGAGCAGUGAGGAGGAGUCUGUGGCAGCCGCCCCCGCUAGGGAGCAGGACGCUGUCCCUGCAGAGCUGGACGACGUGCGCACACCAGAGCCCCUGGAUGACAUCCCCAAGCACGAUGACGAGGAGGGCUCCUCGCCAGAAACCAGCCUGCCCUACAAGUGGGUGGUAGAGGCUGCAAACCUCCUGGUCCCGGCCGUGGGGUCCAGCUUCUCGGAAGCCCUGGACUUGAUUGAGUCGGACCCUGACGCCUGGUGUGACCUGAGUAAAUUUGACCUCCCUGAGGAGCCGUCCGCAGAGGACAGUAUCAGCAGCAGCCCGGUGCAGCCACAGCCUUCAGAGCAGCAGCAGGCGCUGCCGCCCCAGCCGCCGGCUGCCCCGGGUCCCAGCGUGACCGAGUACCGCCUGGACGGCCCCACCAUCUCGGACCUGAGCCGGGGCAGCCGGGGCGAGCUCAUCCCCAUCUCCCCCAGCACUGAAGUGAGGGGCUUGGGCGUCGGCACGCCGCCCUCCGUGCUCAAGCGGCAGAAGAAGAGGCGUGUCACCCUGUCCCCCGUCACAGAGAACAGCUCCAGCCUGUCCUUCCUGGACUCCUGCAACAGCCUCACGCCCAAGAGCACACCCGUCAAGACCCUGCCCUUCUCGCCAUCCCAGUUUUUAAACUUCUGGAACAAACAGGACACACUGGAGCUGGAGAGCCCAUCGCUGACCUCCACCCCGGUAUGCAGCCAGAAGGUGGUGGUCACCACGCCGCUGCACCGAGAUAAGACGCCCCUGCAUCAGAAGCACACCGCGUUUGUGACCCCAGAUCAGAAGUACGCCAUGGACAACACUCCCCACACACCGACCCCGUUCAAAAAUGCGCUGGAGAAGUACGGACCACUAAAGCCCCUGCCCCAGACCCCGCACCUGGAGGAGGACUUGAAGGAGGUGCUGCGCUCCGAGGCCGGCAUCGAGCUCAUCAUUGAAGAUGAAGUGAGGCCUGAGAAGCAGAAGAGGAAGGCUGGGCUGCGGCGGAGUCCCAUCAAGAAAGUCCGUAAGUCCCUGGCUCUUGACGUGGUGGAUGAGGACGGGAAGCUGAUGAUGUCCACGCUGCCCAAGGCUCUGUCCGUGCAGGCACAUGUCGCAUCAAGCUCCUCCAGCCUCACCCUGCCGGGCAUCAAAGAGGACAACAGCCUGCUCAACGAGGGCUUCCUGCAGGCCAAGCCCGAGAAGGUGGCGAUGGCCCCGAAGCCCCGAAGCCACUUUCCAACCCCUGUCCCGAUGACCAGUGCUUGGAAGACAGUGGCCUGUGGGGGAACCAGGGACCAGCUCUUCAUGCAGGAGAAAGCCCGGCAGCUCCUGGGCCGCUUGAAGCCCAGCCACACGUCUCGGACCCUCAUCUUAUCCUGAGGGGCUUGGCAGUCACGAGCACGUUCUCAUGUUUACAGGGGGUUGGGGGACCGAGGCUGGUCUGUGCAUUUGAGAAUCACACUCAGGUGACCACCUGCAGGGAGCCUUCUGCCGCCAGCCCUCCCCAGGUUGCUCAGGGGGAGACGGCAGGGCCACCACUGUUCCUGUUUCUGCAGCUGUGGCUGCAGCAGUUCCUGGUGCUAACAAAGUCCCACCCUCAGGCCUGCCCAGUCCUCUUCCCAGGGCCUCAGGGAGCCCCGUGAGCGGGUCAGGCCUGGCCUCAUCUCAGAUUCCUGCCGGGGACAGGGCCUGUGGCCAGCGCGCUUCUUCCUUUACUAUCCUUUGGUAUAUUUUCUUGGAAUAAAACUGCCUUUCUCCUUGUGCUGC